AUGGGCGCGAUCGACUACUCCACGCUCGCAUCUGUUCCUAUCAGCUUUGCAACCUGCUCUCUUGGCAGCCCGUCAAAUCCUCCGCCCCUACUUGACCGUCUAGAUGCCAUGUCCGCUGCAGGCUUUUCCGCCGUCGAGCUCUCAUUUCCCGAUAUACUCUCCUACGGCCAGACAUUGCUUGGCCAUGAAGUGGAGCCUUCAAACUACGAUGACCUCUGCAAAGUGGCGACUGAAAUUAGGAAAGAGUGCGAUAAGAGGAAGCUUGGCAUUAUGAUGUUGCAGCCCUUUUCCAACUAUGAGGGCUGGCCCGACGGUUCCGACGGGCGCAAGGACGCUAUGGAACGGGCCCGCGGUUGGAUCCGCAUCAUGCAGGCAUGUGGCACCGAUAUGUUGCAGGUUGGGUCGACCGACUCACCGCUCGACAAACUCGACAAGGGCAAGAUUGUUCCAGAUCUGCAACUUCUGUGUGAUAUGCUAGCGGAUCACGGUUUCCGACUGGCUUAUGAGAAUUGGUGCUGGUCAACGCAUGCUCCGGACUGGAAACAUGUCUGGAACAUCGUCCAGCAGGUUGACCGCCCCAAUAUCGGCCUCUGUCUCGAUACUUUUCAGACAGCGGGCGGGGAGUGGGGCGACCCCAGGACUGCCUCUGGUUUGCGCGAAGACGUAUCAAAAGAUGAGUUGGACAAGCGAUUCCAGAAGAGUCUCGAAGAACUCAGCACUACUAUUCCAAAGGAAAAGAUCUAUCUCCUCCAAAUCAGUGACGCGUACAAGGUGCCUCAGCCCUUUGAUGUCGAACGCGACGAUGCAGGCUUACUACCUCGCGGAAGAUGGAGCCACGACUUUAGACCUCUACCGUAUAAUGGCGGAUAUCUACCUGUCGUUGAUGUUGCACGAGCAGUGCUUAAGACUGGUUUCAGAGGCUGGUUCAGCUACGAGGUGUUUGACGGUGGUGCGGACGGCAAGGCCAUGGAUGUAGACAUUGUUGCCUAUGCGCACGCUGCGAGGAACGUACAAAACAGGUUACUUGCCGAAUGCGCUGGUCAGCAAGUGUCGGAGGUAUUAGCUGCACGGUAA